AUGUCCGACUCUCUGGAACCACCGGCCAAAAGGGCGCGGUUGGAGGCGGACGCUCCCUUUUAUGGCACAUCUACAUCUGCAUCUGCGCUCGACGCGCCGGGCUCGCCUGUCGAUGACAUGGACGACGACUUUUACGACACUACGCCCGUCAAGCCCUCUGCGCUGCCCUCACAGGCGGACGGAGCGACGUCGUUGUUGGCGACGGCGGCACCCGCGCCGGCCUUUCACCUUCCUGGACUCGGCUCUGUGAGCGAGACCCCGGCCGCGCAGUCGCAGUCGCAACCACAGAACGGCGCAGUCGUCCCAGACGACGCCCCGGAGGACGGCGAGCUCUCGGAUGACGAGGCCUUCUACAAUGAUGCGAGCCCGCAGGCCGCCAUCCCAGUCGAGCCGCCCGUAGCCAAUCACGGCCAGGCGCAGGAUGAGGCUCCACAGCUCCAGGCCGUCGCUGCUGCCGAUACACCUGCUGCCGACACAGACGGCGAGCUCGACGCGGCCCUGACCGCCGCCAUAGACCUCCAGAACGAGACUGAAGACACCACAAAUGCUCCUGCCCCCGACGGCGCAGCGUUCGAUAGCAAGGCCGAGUUCCUGCGCGCCGCCGAAGCCAACAGGGAUGACCAGAGCGCCGAGUGGCAGCUCGACUCAGAUGCAUCCGACUCAGACUCAUCGUCCGACUCCUCCAGCUCGGACGACAGCUCCGAUGAGGGCUCAGACGAGGGCGAGCUGCUCGACCCCGAGGAGCAGGUCCGUCUCCUGAUGGCUGAGGCCGCCGACGAGCCAGGCGCGUCCGGCCCAGUCAAGGUCAAGACGCUCAAUGAACAAGAUGAGAAGUUCGAAAUGCCCGACAUCACAGUCACGCCGGAGACCAAGAUCACAGAGCUCGGCAAGGUGGAGUCCAUCGUCGGGAACCUCGUUGUUGUCAAGGCCAAGAUGUCUGGCGACGAGCAAGUGCUCGAGUCUGGCUCGGCGCUGUGCCUCGAAAACCGCACGGUUGUCGGCAAAGUCUCCGAGCAGAUCGGUCGCGUGGAGGAGCCGCGCUACUCCUUUGGCUUUAACGAUGCCGCUGAACUCGAGACUCUAGGUAUUAAGAAGGACGUACCCAUCUACUACGUGGACGAGCACUCGACCUUCACCGAGACAGAGCCCAUUCGCCGACAGAAGCACACCGACGCAUCGAACCUCCACGACGAAGAGACCAACGACGUCGAGUUCUCAGACGACGAGAAGGAGGCCGAAUACAAGCGCGAACAGAAGGCUAAGAAGCGAGCCAGGCAAGAAGGCAACGACGAGCCAGCGGCGCCUGUCAACAUCCCAACCGGGCCCAGACUGCACGUCGACGCUCCCGCACCGCCCAUCUACCGACCCAUGGAAUACCAGGGUGGUGGUCUGAAAUACAGCGAUGAUGAAGACGAAGAUCUCGGCAUGUACAAGCCGCUCGCCAGACCAGAUCACUUCGAGCAGAUUGUUGGGCAAGGCGCACCAUUAGAAGAUCGCAGCCAUGUCCGUAGGGGUAUGGGUCGCGGCAGAGGUCCCUGGGGUGAUCGAGGUCGCGGCUUCCGUGGCCGAGGAGGUGGUGGCGGUCGCGGUGACUUUGGUGGUGGACGCGGCGACAGAGGAGGCUUUGGCGGCGGACGUGGCGACUUCGGGGGUCGUGGUGGUGGAGGACAGCGAGGCGAUCGAGGAGGCGGCAACAACCAGAACAACCGAGGCGGAGAUAAGGGUGGACGUGGCGGCAAGAACCAAUCUGACCGUGGCAGGCAACCAGAGCAGUUCCAAGAUCGCCAACAAAACAACCAGAGGAACCAAUACCAAGAGGGACGGUCCGCAACCUCGGCAUCGCCAGCCCGCCAACAGCAAGAUCGCAGCCAGUCUUACACCCAGCAGGACCGUGGCCAGUCUCAGCAAGCCCAAUCCCAGCAAUCGCCAGCCGGUGGUGGUGGGAAGAAUAAGAACCGCAAACAACGGCAACGCGAAAAGAGGGAACGGGAACGCCAACAACAACAGCAGCAGCAGUCGCAGUCGCAACAGUCACAACAACCUCAAAAGCAGCAGCAGCAGCAGCAGCAGCAACAUGCUUCUCCGGCACCUUCUGGACCAUCAAAUGCUAACGCUUAUGCAAACAACAGCAACACAGGUUGGCCAGUGCCCUUCUCCGGCCCAUCACAGCCAGCGCUCCCCUACGCUGCCGCACCUCCGCCUCCACCUCCAGCAACAGCAGCGGCCUACAACUACCAGCCAUCGUACACUCCCCAACCUCAAGCGCCAGCUCCAGCACCAGCCCAGCCACCCCAGCAAAACCAAGCGGCCAAUCUAGCAGCAUGGGCACAGUGGUUCCAGGUCAUGCAAACCAUGAGCGGACAGCAACCACAACAACCGCAGAUGUCAGCGCAAGCUCCUGCACCGCCACCACCGCAGCCUCAGCCACAAGCACAGUACUCUUACCCCUACCAGCAAUAUGCGCAGCCGGCUGCUCCCGCGAACCCGCCUCAACAGGGCAAUGCUCAAGCUGGGGCGCAGCAGUCGCUUCAAGAUAUUCUGCGUGCUCUCCAGGGCGGUGGUGCUCCUCAGUAA